AUGGCCGCGAAGUCGGAUGGAGCGGUGGCCGCGGCCGGCCCGGGGCCGGAGGGGGCGGCCGGAGGAGCUCGGGGCGGUGCGGGUGGGCGCGGGGAGGCGGCGGCGGCAGCCGGGGACCCCGGGGUAACCGGGGCGGGAGGCCCGGGGCCGCGCUACGAGCUGCGGGACUGCUGCUGGGUGCUGUGCGCGCUGCUCGUGUUCUUCUCCGACGGCGCCACGGACCUGUGGCUGGCGGCCUCCUACUACCUGCAGGGUCAGCGCACCUACUUCGGCCUUACGUUGCUGUUUGUGAUCCUGCCCUCGCUUGUCGUACAACUGCUCAGCUUCCGCUGGUUCGUCUACGACUACACGGAGACCGCCGGGGCCCCGGGACCCGCAGUCAGCACCAAGGACAGCGGCGCCGGCGGGCCGGUCAUCAGCACCAAGGACAGCGCCGUCGCCUUCCGUACCAAAGAAGGCAGCCCCGAUCUGGGCCCCCGACCUGAGCCCUCCUCGGCCAGCGCCUACCGCCGCCGCUGCCGCCGCCUCUGCGUCUGGCUACUACAGACCCUCGUCCACCUCCUGCAGCUCGGCCAGGUCUGGAGGUACCUGCGCGCCAUGUACCUAGGGCUGCAGAGCCGCUGGCGCGGGGAGCGGCUGCGGCGCCACUUCUACUGGAGGAUGCUGUUCGAGAGCGCCGACGUGAGCAUGCUGCGCCUGCUGGAGACCUUCCUGCGCAGCGCGCCGCAGCUUGUGCUGCAGCUCAGCCUCCUGGUGCACCGCGGCGGCGCGCCGGACCUGCUGCCCGCCCUCUCCACCUCCGCCUCACUCGUGUCCCUGGCCUGGACCCUGGCCUCCUACCAGAAGGUGCUGCGGGACUCACGGGACGACAAGCGGCCGCUGUCCUACAAGGGCGCCGUGGCCCAGGUGCUGUGGCACCUGUUUGCCAUCGCGGCCCGCAGUCUGGCCUUCGCGCUCUUCGCCAGCGUUUACAAGCUCUACUUUGGCAUUUUCAUUGUGGCCCACUGGUGCAUCAUGACCUUCUGGGUCAUCCAGGGCGAGACGGACUUCUGCAUGUCCAAGUGGGAAGAAAUCAUCUACAACAUGGUGGUGGGAAUCAUCUACAUCUUCUGCUGGUUCAACGUCAAGGGGGGCCGCAGCCGCCGCCGCAUGACCCUCUACUACUGCAUCGUCCUGCUCGAGAACGCCGUGCUCACCGGCUUCUGGUACUCCAGCCGCAACUUCUCCACUGACUUCCACUCACUUAUUCUGGUCUGCGUCGUGGCCUCCAGCUUCGCACUGGGCAUAUUCUUCAUGUGUGUCUACUACUGCCUCCUGCACCCUAACGGGCCCCUGCUGGGUCCCCAGAUGCCUGGCUGCAUCUGCCCUGAGGCCCCAGGGCCCUGUGGCCCACCAGCCGAUGCUGUCACAAGUCCCCCGAGGUCCCUGCCCAGGACUACAGGCACUGAGCGGGAUGGGGCCUCCGUGGGAGUCGAGCGUGCGGGGACCCCCACGCCACCUGUCUUCCAGGUGCGACCUGGCUUGCCUCCCACGCCCGUGGCCCGCACCUUGCGGACAGAGGGGCCUGUCAUUCGGAUUGACCUGCCUCGUAAGAAGUACCCUGCCUGGGACGCUCAUUUUAUCGACCGCCGGCUCCGGAAGACCAUUCUGGCGCUGGAAUCCUCCUCGCCCACGACACCCCGCUUGCAGUACCGGAGCAUCGGGAUCUCCCAGGAGCUGCUGGAGUAUGAGACCACGGUGUAG